ACCGGCGAACUGGGACGGCCAUUUUUUCUUUUUUGGAGGUGGGGAAAGGGCACAAAAUGCCAUACAAGUUAUUCUCUUGAUUCGAGGAGCUCAGUUUUUGCGUCCAUUUUCAUGGAGCUUCAUUUCCAGAUAUCAGAUUCAGAUCGAAACCUACCGUCACAAGUUUCUUCUGGAUUCACAUCCAUGGCGGACUCUGAUCUUCUCAACAACUUCACGGAUUCUCACUCAAUAGCAACCUUUUCCUUUUUCUUUCCAGGUUUCUGAAGUUCAACUUCACUUUCUUUCUCUCCCGGUCUUCUUCCUCGCAUUCUCAUCUUCGGGAGCUCAGUUCAUAUUCCAGAAAUGCAGAUACAUCAGAAAGUUUGCUGAAGAGAAGUUUCCAUUGUCUUGUGGAUGCUAGGAUAGAUUUUUAGGCAAGAGCUCUUUCACAUACCAUGUUCUGAAUUUAUACAGGCACCUUGAUUCUAAGUGCUCAUCAUCCAGAUCGUGAAGCAUCUCGCCAUGCUCAAGCAAAUAUUGAGCAAACUUCCUCGGAAGUUGCAGAAGUCGGAGACCGUGGAUUCUGUAACAAAUGAUUCUGGCAAUAAUUCUUCUCGUCUUGGACAUGUAUUCCAGUGUACAAAUGUCGGGAGUGCUUUCUCGAGUAAAUUAAAUGUCGUCAAACGUGUUUCUUCAGCAGUUUUCCCUGCAAGCAUUGCAGCAGAAGCAGUGGAUCCUCAUCUGUCAUUCAAAGAUGUUCCAAAUCCACAGAAGCAAAACCUGUUUGUCAGUAAAUUGAACUAUUGCUGUGAGGUUUUCGAUUUGAACGAUAUGGAGAAGCAGGAUCUUAAACGUCAAAUGUUGAUAGACAUUGUCGAUUUUGUUACCUCUGGAUCUGCAAAGUUCAACGAGACAGCAAUUUCAGCAGUGUGUAAGUUAUGUGCUGCUAAUCUUUUUCGCGUAUUCCCGCCGAAAUCUCGCUCAACUUCGUCUGGUGGAGAAACGGAGGAUGAAGAACCAAUAUUUGACCCAGCUUGGUCGCAUAUGCAAAAUGUAUAUGAUCUACUGGUUCAGUUUGUCAGUAACAAUUCUCUAGAUGCAAAAGUGGCCAAAAAAUAUCUCGAUCAUUCGUUUAUCUCGAGAUUACUAGAUCUCUUCGAUUCUGAUGAUCCAAGAGAAAGAGAUUGCUUGAAAACAAUCCUUCACCGUGUCUAUGGGAAGUUCAUGAUACACAGGCUUUUCAUCAGGAAGGCUAUUAGCAACGUCAUAUAUCGUUUUGUUUUCGAGACAGAGCGGCAUAACGGAAUUGCAGAGCUGUUGGAGAUCUUUGGUAGCGUGAUUACCGGGUUUGCAUUGCCAUUGAAGGAGGAACACAUGACAUUUUUAUGGAGGGUGCUCAUUCCUCUUCACAAACCAAAAUCAGUCGGAAUUUAUCAUCAACAAUUAACGUAUUGUAUUGUACAGUUCAUAGACAAGGAUCCCAAGUUGGCCAGUACAGUUAUAAGGGGACUCUUGAGAUAUUGGCCUUUAACAAAUAGCCAGAAAGAGCUGAUGUUUUUAAGUGAAACAGAAGAGAUUCUGGAAAUGAUCAGCAUGGUCGAGUUCCAGAAGGUCAUGGUCUCUCUCUUUCGGCGAAUCGGAUAUUGCUUGAAUAGCUCUCAUUACCAGGUGGCAGAGAAAGCUCACUUGCUUUGGAACAAUGAACACAUCAUCAAUCUUGUCGCACACAACCGACAAGCGAUCAUUCCGAUUAUUAUCCCAGCACUCGAACGAAAUACACAAAAGCAUUGGAGCAACGCAGUACUAAAUCUAACUUUAAAUGUGAAGAAGUUGGUUCUUGAGAUGGACGAGGAGCUUGUGCUUGCUUGUGAGCUUGACUCGAAGGAGGAACAGUCAAGGUCGAUUGCAGCAUCAGAGAAGAGGAGAUUGACAUGGGAGCGACUCGAGAAUGCUGCAACUCCACAGCCUGUAUCUACUAACAUUUCGUUUCUGGUAGAACCAGCAACAUGUGCAGUUGCUGGCUAGUCACUUGAAUUGGAAGAUCAACUCAACAAAACGACGGUAGUUUCACUCGCAGUAUCCCGGGAUCUAGUUCUUUAAUUCAACCGAGUUUUCGGUUCCAUGCUGAGAUGCAACGAACAAGUUAUGGAUGAUCUGAUCAGGUCCUGCUGAAACUAUCUGUACAGGUGUGUGGGUAAAAGCAGCCUCUCUGGUUGCCAUAGAUUUGACGAAAUCUGUAUCCUUUAUCAAACAGUGUGUUUCUUCACUGUUUUUCAUAUCUCAUUCAUGAUGGGAUUUCGUGCUUUUGAGUUCCAUUGGUAGCAUAUUGAAGCCUUCAGCUUUGAGCUUGUUUGUUCUUCUGAAAAUUCCAUGUCUUUUUCUCUUAUCUUCUGAGUUUAAAUUGCAGAAACUGAGGUGAAUCCCCGUUUCUAGUUAAAACGGGGACGGAGAUGAGGAACGCUUUUCCGGUUCUUACCUCCAACCCAUUUUCGAUCUCGAAAAUUAUAGAAUAAAAUGUAAUACUUUUCUA